GAUAACAUGAGUCACAACUCAGAAACAGGAAAAUAGAAGAGACAAGGCAGCGCCAAGCUGAGCAAAGACCUUAGGGUGUAUUUGUGCCAACAGGACUGGCAGGGGGAACAUAGCCCAUCAGCUGCCCUAACCUGGCGGAAGCCCCAGGAUCUCUCUCGAUCCCCAGCCCUAGCUGAGCAAAGCUGGCAACCACCCUUCGGGAGCCAUUUUGGUUGGAGGAAGAGAUAGCUAAGCAGGUGCUGGUCAUGCCCAGAUGAUCUUCGGGGAAUACUGCAGCAAGCUGUUCAGAGUCCCUUGCCUUUUCCUCAGACUGAGGGCCAGAUUUGGUGUAGGAGGAUGUGGGUCCUCUGGUGUCUUAGGGAAGGACAGCCCUUCGGACACUCCUUUAUUCCCUACAGCUGGGGAUUAUCAGCCAUUAGGGGAACAAUAGCCCAGCCUCAGGGUGCCUGGAAGCUUCUGGGUGGAAACCAAUUUAGGCUGGGAGUCCUGGUCAGUUCGUCACCUUGUCCUCACACAGACUCAGUGACCAUAGACUCAGUGACCAUUGCCAGUGUGAACACGUUUGCACACCACAUGUGCCCUACACCCUGGAGAGUAGACCAGCAGGGGCAGGGCUCAAGGCCAUCUGUGUCAUCUACAUGUGUGUUGGCUGAGACUUGCUGUCCACUCUGUAUGGUGCCCUUGAGGUACUCCUACAUGAAACAUCUAUGCUUCUGAGAGACUGUAACUCCAUAUAGAUAGCACUCAGUUAUCUGUAGCAUUCUGGUCCUGGAACUGGCACCAGCUAUCAGGAGUAGAGAUGGAGUGUAACUCAGCCUGGGGAUACCCAGAGCUGAGAGGAAGCCAAGAUUUGUGGAUUUGGAGCUCCUUGGGCUGACAGGUCUGGUCCAUCUUAGCUUGUUUUUUCCAUCCCCAGUCUGCUCACUCUCUGGGAGUGCCUCUGUGCUUUUCCUAGGAACCUUCUGUGGGGAAUUCAUCAUUUUGGGUCAUCCUGUGAAGCAUCUUCCUGUUGACGAGGUUUUUAUCUUCCCAGGCUCACCUCAGUUCCCUCUGAGGCUACAAGGCUUCACUCUGGGUUCCUCAGCACUUAGGUCUUUGUGCUCUCUGAUCUCAGGGUUUCAGUUAGUCCUGUCCUCAGGGUCAGCUCCACCCAUCUCACAUCCUCAGUCUCUCUAGCGGUCAGAAAACCAUAAACCCUGGGCAUGUACCUCCCUGCAUCUGGGGUCCCUGACUCCUGCCUUUUUUCUUCUCCAUUAUCCUUCUACCUGUUUCCUCCAAAAAGGUCAGGACACCUGAUAGAAUCCAAUUACUACAGCUUGUGCUCCCAGGCAGGAACAGAAGGUCCUGUGGGAAGCUCAUGCCAUAGGCUUUCUCCAUGCCCUCUUCUUUAAUGAGCCUGUACCCGCCUGCCCGGCCAGGGACUCUGUCCUACUAAUGUUCUGGCCCCUGCACACAACACAACACAUGUCUCUUACACAUUUCCAUCCUGUGUCCAGUAUUUGAACCACUGUUCGCUAAGUACAGGCAGAGGAGUCUAGCCACAACCCCCUGGGGCAGAGUGGGUAGGACCUGGGGUCUAGAGUUGUUUGCUCAGGUCUUUCUGAAGGUUGGAACCUGAGUUUGAUACUUUUCCUGCUCAUAAAGGACAAGUCCGGUAGCAGAACCUUCCACCAUAAGCACAAAACAAAGGAGUCCAGCCUGGCACUUGUGAAGAUGACACAGGAGUCACUUUCCCCAAGUUCAAGGCCAGUCUGGGUCACAGAGUGAGACCCUGUUGUUGAGACUGGCACAUGACCUGUGCUGUGCUGGCUAGUUUAAUGUUAACUUGACAUAAGCUAGAGUCAUCCGAGAGGAGGGAACCUCAAUUGAGAAAAUGCCUCCAUAAGAUCAAGCUGUGGGCGGGCCUGUAGGCCAUUUUCUUUCUUUCUUUUUUAAAUUAUAAUUUCUGUUUUAUGUGUUUAUAUGUUUUGCCUGCAAGCAUGUCUGUGCAUCACAUGGAUUUCCCCAAUGCCUGCAGAGGCCAAAAGACAUAUGAUACCCUGGAACUGGAAUUACAGACAGUUGUGAGCUGCCAUGUGGGUGCUGGGGAAUUGAACUUGGGUCCUCUGGAAGAGCAGCCAGUGCUUUUUAACCACUGAGUCAUCUCUCCAGCCUGGAAAUUUCCUUUUUUUUUUUUUUUUUUUUUUGAGCCAGGGUUUCUCUGUAUAACAGCCCUAGCUUCCUGGUAUGUGCUUUGUAGACGGGCCUCAAACUCACAGAGAUCCACCUGCCUCUGCCUCUUAAGUGCUGGGAUUUAAGGCGUGGGCCACCAUAGCCAGUGAAAAAUUUCUGAAUUAAUGAUUGAUCAGGGAGGGCCCAGCCCAUCGUGGGUGGUCCUGGGUUCUGUAAGAAAGCAGGCUGAGGAAGCCACGAGAAGCCAGCCAGUAAGCAGCACUCCUCCAUGGCCUGUGCAUCAGCUCCUGCUUCCAGGUUCCCUGUUUGAGUUCCUGCCAUGGCUUAUCACAGGAGACUGUGACUGGGCAUAUGUCAACCAAAUGAAACCCUUUUCUCCUGAAGUUGCUUUUGAUUAUGAUGUUUCAUCACAGCGGUAGUCAGUAAUCCUCAGACAGUCCCGCAUCCCACCCUCGGACAUUGAUACUUCUGGCCAGUAAGUCUUGGACCUAAGAGGGCAGUUCAAUUUCGGGCAGGGAGAGAUUGGCCCUCUGCCCACCCGUGACAUGAGUAUUCAGGCCUGGCGAGGUGUGAGAGAUCCUCCGUGCUCGGCCUGUGCUCCACUGCCGCUCUUCCCUGCUGCUCCCCCACCCCGCCUCUGUCCCCGCCCCCACUGCAGAUAUAAAGCCCAGCCUGGUUCACAGACUUCAGCCACAUUCCCCUGACCCUGCCACACAGCUCCAUGGCCCAGUGUGGGACGCUGGUGGCCGCAGCCCUGGCGCUGCUCUUGCCGCUCCUGCCGCCAGCCCUUGCGUGGUACAAGCCUGCGGCGGGACCCCACCACUACUCGGUGGGCCGCGCCGCGGGGCUACUGUCCAGCUUCCACAGGUUCCCGUCCACGCGACGCCCCGAGUCCUCAGCACACCCCGUCGGAACAGGACCCCUACGCUUGGAGAUGCGCUCCAGCCUAAGGAGCCUUGCCCUGUGUGUCAAAGAGGUGACCCCGAACCUGCAGAGCUGCCAGCGGCAAUUCAACAGCCCAGGGACUUUCCAGUGUAAGGCGGACGUCUUCUUGUCGCUGCAGGAGGCUGAAUGCCAACGGCCUACACCCUGAACCCCAACCCCAACCUCGACUGGCUGUGGUGGGUGACCCCCGUGCCCAGUCUUGCUCGAUGCUUGAAGCAGCGCCGGCCCUGUCAUGUGGGUUGACGCCUGUGGCCCCCUAACCCUAUCACGCUCCGUAUCAAAUGGCUAAAUGAAUAAAGAAGCAAAGCUGUC